AUGUCGUCUAGCGGGAUCAUUGGCACCGAUCAAGACAUUGGCGCGUCUGACGAGAAGACAGCGAGUAGUGAAAGGAUAGCCGGAGGGGCGACAACCAGUCUUACCGGUGAGCUGCGCCUCAUGGUGCACAAGAACGCUUCCCUUGCGAGAACGGCAAUUGAGCUCCUCGAUCUCUAUUUGUGUUUGUGGGAGUGCUACGUCACCAGGUCUGCUGCGAUGAUACGUUUGGAAGAAGAGCGUCGGCUUCUGCAGAGCUCGAAUGACUGGCUGGCGCGCGAGAACGGGCGACUUCACGAAGCCUGCACUAAUCAAGCCCUGUUGCUCUGGGAUCGACGUCAGACCCUCGACUCAAUCCAACAGGGAGUUUUCGAGAUCCUGCAGAGUAGUGAUAGGUUCUCAAAUCAAAUGAGUGAGUUAUCUCGACGUACCCACGAGGAUGGUUUGGAUUAG